AUGGCCGGGCUGCUGGCGCUCCUGGGCCCCGCGGCCAGGGCGAGCGCCGGGGUCCGACCUCGCGCCACCUGGCUCCGGAGCGCUUCCUCCCCGUGCGCCCCGCCGCCCUUGGCCCUGGCCCUGUUCCGCCCCGGGUCCGAAGCCCGGCUGAUGCGCACGGCCCGUGGGGACUGCCGCGGCCGCCAGGACCCUGGCAGAGUUGCAGCCACAGGCAGUGACACCAGCGCCGCAGAGAAAAAGCAGAGCAAAGCACAGCAGCUGAGAAAGGUGUUCCAGGAGUACGGGGCCGUCGGCGUGUCCCUGCACAUUUGCAUCUCGCUCGUCUCCUUGGGCAUCUUCUACAUGGUGGUUUCAAGCGGUGUGGACAUGUCUGCAGUUCUGCUCAGACUUGGAUUUAAGGAGUCGCUGGUCCAGUCCAAGACGGCAGCGGGCACGAGCACCUUCGUGGUCGCCUACGCGCUCCACAAGCUCGUGGCGCCCGUGAGGAUCAGCAUCACCCUGGUGUCCGUCCCCUUCGUGGUCAGAUACUCCCGCAAAGUGGGCCUCUUUAAGCCUCCAGCCACCAAGCCUUGAUGACCCUGCAGCUGCCAGCGCUCCAGUGACGUGGGUUUGGGUGGGGGUGGGGCCAGGGAGCUAGCCGCUGUGUUGUGGAAGAUUCAUUUUACCUUUGCUGGUCAAAAAAACAGGUUUUUUUAAAACAACUAUAAAUUUUUUUCCUUUUAAGUUUUAUUAGGCCUAACCUUCAUAGGACACGUACAUACCAUAGGAUGUCAGCCAAAGGGCUACAUGAACUUACAACCAGGUCUGUCAUCUCAGCCGCUCGGGAAGCUGAGGCAGGAUUGCAAGUGCAAGGCAUACUUAAAACUCCAGAGCACGUUCAAGGUAGUUUAAGCAACUUAGCCAGACCCUAUCUCAAAAUAAAAGGUAACCAGAAGGCCGGAGACAUGAGCAGGCAGUAGAGCUCUUGCCCAGCAUACACAAGGCCCUAAUUCAAUUCCCAGUCCAGUGGAUAUCUCCAAACCAGACCCACAAAUGGUCCUUCUGAGCCAUGAAGGGAGUGGGGUCUGUCUGCAAAAGCCCCAGGGGGUUAGCCUUUGCUCAGGUUCUUAAAACGCGAUGAAUAAUUCAACUGGCUCUUCAAACUCCCCCUCCUGGUUCGUAGGCCACAGCCUGCAUUUUAGCACGCAGCUUUCUGCAAGCAGCUGGCCAGCAUUUAAGAGAGAACUGUGCAGUUCAUAAACGUAAAUGAGCCUCGACCCUCCCUUCACGUUCAGCAUGCUUGCUUUGCAGGAAGAAAACCAAGGCAUUGCUGGUGUCCUGACUCUGAAACACCUUCAGAUCUGGAUGUGAGGGGUCUAGAUGGCUUGUCUGAAAUGUCACUUAAACAGGUCCUGAAGCCUGUGAAUGCCAAAAAUCCCAGUGAACCUAACCUUGGAGGGUCAGCUUCGCUGUCUCCAGCCUCUGGCGCUCUACGCAGUCACUGGGCAUCACUUCUAGUCGCACUGCAUACAGCACACCACAGGAGAUUAAGUAGCACUUGUUCUAAAUGGAAAUACAGGCUUUGCAGGGGUAGGGGGUAUAGGAAGGUGCAAUUAAAUCUCCCAAGCCAGUUGUGCCCAAGGAAGGUGUGAGGGAGGAGAGCACGGAGACCCAAACAGUCGUCCUCCUCCAAGCAGUUAGAGGAACUCCUCGGGGAAUCAGCUGCCCACUCCCUCCAGACCUUGCUGCACUCUGGGGAACCAGUCUGUAGGUUCACCUGUCUACUCACCUGCCCAGCCCAGGGACUGCACUCAUCUCUCAAGCUCGGUUCUGUGAACAUUACUUUGACAAUCUGAAAAUUACUGUUAAGUGGCCAAGGACAUGUUACUGAGAUCUGGUAGCUGACAGUUCUAGCUAACUGUUACCUAUGCCAGGCACGUCAGUUAAACAUUGAAAAGAACUUUUGUGGGACAGAUCUUUCCACAAAAUUUUCUUUGCAGUUAGCCCACUGUCAGAAGCUUUUGAGAUCUAAAAUUAGAAUGCUUUUCUGUGAACUGAACCCUAGGAUGAGAGAGAUGCCAGUACCAGUGCUGGGCAGUGUCUCCCGUGGACCAAACAAGCCUCUCAGCUUGUGUUUAAAUUGCCAUUUUAGUUUCAGAAUCCUGACCCUCAUCUAUCCUAGUUUCCCAUUUGGGGUCCCUAGUAACACCUAUGCAAAAAAAAAAAAGUAUGUAUGUAUGUGUGUGUAUACACACACAUACUCUCUCUCCCUCUCCCCCUUUCCCCCCCCCCCUCUCUCUCAAAAGACAAGCAAUAAGACAAAUCCUAGUCAACAGCCAUAGCCCAUCUCAUGCGUCCCAGCCCCUCCACUCCUGUGGCCAGUAGCCAAGAUAACUUGCGAUGUCAGAUCAGGGAAAUAAAGCAUUGUGUGAACUCACCAGCAAGAUGCAUCUACAGUUUUUAAUGGAACUAGGGGAAACUAUUUUUAAAGUGCUAAGCUAUUGCUGGCCUCUGAUUUUUUAGUCUGACAGUGAACAGCUUAGAUUCUAUGAAAUAAACAAGUUUGUUAAGC